UCGCAUUGACGGAUGGUCCACGGGGACGUUUCCUUGAUGACAGGGUCAACAACAUGGCGCUGCCCAUGGUUUAAAGUAUGAGUCUGCUCAUUGAGAUGUAUUUGUCAAGGUUGCCGUUAAAUUUGAGAAACAGCGACGCAGCGUCGGAGUCGGAACCAUCGUCUCCUUUCUGACGAACUCUGCAUUUGACUUUGAGGACGUAAAGGACGUCAGCGGAGUCAGUGAGCUGCGGCCAUGUCCGGGUCAAACGUGUGGAGUCGCAGCAGAGAGAAGCUCCGAGCUUUCCCUGAACUGUUCGCUCAGUGUUCAGCAGAGGCAACAGUGUAUGGGAAGUGCGUGGCAGCCACCACGACAGGCAGACAGGAGUUGAAGAAGGACAUGUGUGCCAAGGAGUUUGAAGCACUGAAGACCUGCUUUACAAACGCCGCCAAGAAAAGAGUCAAAUAAAUGGGAACCAUCCUCCUCAUGUAGGAGCCACAGAAAUCAACAGUUCAGUACUCAGGCAGAAGACGUGAAUUAAGUGUUGAGUGGCUUGUGAGGUUGAAAGGAACAGGAAAUGGCUGCUUCAUGAUGCUGGGAAGCAACUGACAGUCACACAGCUUGACAAAAGACAUUGUAAAUAUGGACACUCUAGGUUACUGCCACCCGUCAGUUAUGUAUUUUUCAGCAGUGCAUUUUUUCCUAGAAUAAGUAUCUUGAUUUAAAUGUGUACUGUAGAGAUGUGAAUAAACUACAAUUAUUGUC